AUGAGCAGUGACAUUCGUAUCGUUCCUUUCACGGAUGAGGAGAAGGCUCGGUUAAACGAGAAGGGGUUUUUGCAGGUUCAAAAAAUGCGAUUUUCCCGCCCUCCGCCAAAACUUCCUGCACCGCGUUUGGUUUUAAAGACUGCUCCUUCUCAGGCUACAUCACUUCAAGCUAGUGUCCAACUGGGCCAAUCGUUAAACGAAAAAGGUAAUGUAAUUGAUGAUAGCGGAAUAUCUUCGUGUGGAUCGGAGAAGGACUCCUCUCCGGGCUUUCGCUGUUCUCCGGUCGAUUUAAUUGCCCAAUAUGUGAAUAUGAUCAAUAUUUUCUGCUUUCCAGUUGUUUGUUUUUUAGAUGGUUCUCCCAAUCAGCCGGAUAAAAACAAUCACACUAAUUUGUCAUAUGCUACUGUUGUUGAUGGUGAAGAAAAGGAAGAGGAUAGGCUGGUCGAUUCUGUAGAAAACAAUGAGGAUUUUAACCAUCUCGAAUCGUACCACAUCUUAACUGCAGCUUGCAAUAAUGUUGCUGUUAACAGUCCUUCAAAUCAUCCUGUGGAGGUAAUAAAUGCAAGAAGUCCAAUUGUCUACAGCCAACAGCUUCAGUCGACACUCAACCGCAACCGAGGUGAUCUGCUAGGAAUUGCUCUACGUGCAGAAGAGAAGAUUGGAAAGUUCGAAAAUCCAACGUAUGGCCGUCUUCUUCUCACCAAAAAUUUUCCUGUGGAAUCCAUGAAGUAUAUUAUGAACUCUGCAAUUAAGAACCUCACGGCGUACUUCAAUAACCGAAAGCCGGAGCCAGUGCGAGUUGUGCUAAAAUCAAAGUCCGAUGCGUCGCCGUCAUUGUCUGACACAUCUGUACGCAAUGAGAAUGAUUCGAGGAAGGAAGAUAAGGAAAGAGUGGAACCUGAAGUAAACGAUAUUAAAUUGGUGUGCAAGAAGAAAAGAAAGAGAAAUAAUAAAAGAAACGAAUCUAUCGUUAAUGCUAACUCAAUGAACUCUUCGGCUCAAAGUGAUUUCGAACAGCAACACGAAAUUCGAAAUAUGAGGAAGAAAAGAAAGAGAAACUUGUCGAUUGUAUCAACGACAUCUGAUGGACCCAAGAAGUCUUUCAAGAUCGUUAUUCGACGGGAUGCACCCACCGAGGUCGCUAAUCCUUUACUUGCUCGUAUCAUCCCUGCUUCGUCUGCUACGAACGAAUCAGAAGACGGGUCAGUUCACAAUGGACAGUGUUCGUCGUCAUUCAUUUUAGAGGAUCGAAUAGGGGACCAUACACCUCAGCAUUCUGAAACGAAUACCAUUACUAGAACCUCUACGUUGGUUACUGGUAACCGAGUAUUUAAAGAAGAAAGCGUCGAUGAAGACGUUGUGAUUGUACAUGAAAACAUAAGGGUCACCCCAGAGGAGAGGUCACUAGUUGCUCAACUGGCUGCUUUGAUAAAUGUGGAUUCUGUAAACACCGAACAAUUCAACUGGUUUGACGAACUGCUUAGGAAGGCGGGGCAGUUCGCACGACACAUAGACCAUCAUGUCGAAAUGCUAAUGAGCACGAAGUUGGAGCUGGCAAGGAUUCGUUUAAACCAAAUGGCAGAGCGGAAUCGAUGCCGGUCGCUACUGCAGAAGCAGAGAAGUGCAAUGAGCUGUCGAGAUGUUUCGUUCAACGUUUCUGAUGCUAUUGCACCAGAGUUAUUAUCUCAGUGCUCUCAGAUCUCUCCCGAUAUGUCCUAUCUAUCCCUUAAGGAUGUGAAUUCUCCACAAGAUGUGACAGCCGCCGUCCCGUUUCAAAUUCCGGUUUCACUAACUACGGAAAGGCGACCUCAGAAUGUACAUUGGAUUGCGAAGCGUACAUCUGAACUUUCGAAACCAAGGUACAUGUUAAAAAAGGGUUUAUGUUGCGAGCGUAAGUACGGAAUUGCGGCUACUGGGAAGCAUGUGGAAUCGCUUAUUCACCGUCCGGAUCCUAUCGCUAUGAAAGAUUUGGGUGAAAUCAAGGAGGUUUCGUGA